AAAUUCGUAACAAUUGGUGUCAGAAGUGGGAUUGUCAAAUAAUCCAAAAUCAAGAUGGUUAAAUUCGGAGAAUUGAGAAUUCAGCAAUUAAAAAAGGAACUGGAGGAGCGUAAUUUGCCGAUAAGCGGACAAAAGGCGGAUCUGCAGGCACGAUUACGUGAAGCAAUGGAAGCGGAUGGAAUUAAUGUGGACGAGUUCGAAUUUGUUGGGCCAGAAACUUCUACAAAGGUAGAAGAAAAAGUAGAAGAACAACGAACAUCAUCAAGUGCAGACACGAACAUGCUGUUAGUGGCUUUUAAGCAAAUAAUAGCUGAAAAUAUAUCACAAAUAACAGAGAAUGCAGUGCAAACAGAAAAUCGUCUGGCACAGCAAAUAGCUGAAAAUACAUCGCAGUUAAAGUCUUGCCUUACACAACAAAUGACUGAAAAUAAUACGCAGUUAGAAAAGCGUUUGGUACAACAGAUUACAGAAAAUACUACACAAGUACAAAAACAAGUGCAAGAGAAAUUUUCAAAAUUUGAAGAGGAAUUAAGCACGUUAAAAAAUGAAGAAGAAAAUUUAAAAUCAGAAUUUCUUCAACUGAGUAAUCGUAUGCGAGAACUGCAACUGCAUGGCCCUGCACCAUCAAUAAAUAAUCCAAGAUUGAAGGCACCCACAUUCGAUGGAAGUAUUCCAUUUCAAAUUUUCAAACUUCAGUUUGAAAAGACAGCAAUGGCCAAUAACUGGAAUGCAGCGGACAAAGUGGCGUCCUUGUUUGUAUCAUUGAAAGGGCCUGCGGCAGAAAUCCUUCAGACUAUUCCAGACUGUGAACGGGACAACUAUGAGGCAUUGAUGAGUGCGAUAGAAAGACGAUAUGGUAGUGAGCACCGGAAACAAAUAUACCAGAUCGAACUGCAAAAUAGGGGUCAGAAAAUGAACGAGUCAUUGCAAGAGUUCGCAACUGAAAUCGAACGACUGGCUCAUUUGGCAAAUGCAGAUGCACCUGUGGAAUACAUUGAGAGGGUAAAAAUUCAAUGUUUCAUAAAUGGAAUUCGUGAUGUGGACACCAAACGCGCCACAUAUGCAUUGCCAAAAAGAACGUUUGCUGAAACGGUUUCGCACGCGCUCACACAGGAAACAGCUUCCCUACUAAGUAAACCAGCACACAAAGUACAAAGGGUUGAAAUGGAACAACCGGCGCUGAUGGAAGAAAUAUUGAAGACUCUGAAGACAAUUGCUGCACAGCGAGUAAAUACAACAGGCAGAUGUUUCAACUGUAAAAAAGCGGGUCACUUUGCCCGAAAUUGCAAGAUAAAAGUAAACCCAUCAAAAUGGAAACAACCAACAGAACACCGAAAGAGGAUUCACCACAAAAAUGCGGAUGCAUUAUCACAUCGCCCUUGUCCACUGGAAUUUAAACAUUGCUCCAAAUCAGAAGGAAAAGAAGGUAUAAUCGACGUGCGAUUACUGAAUAUAGAACCUGAAGAUGAUUGGACUCCUCACCGCAUCAGAAUCAAUCAGCUGGAGGACCCUGAUCUUGCAAAGCUGAUAAUAGCCAAAGAAAAUGGGGUACGACCACCAAAGGAACAAAUAAGUAGCGAGAGUCCAACGGCAAAAGCAUAUUGGGCCCAAUGGAACAGCAUAAACCUCGUUAAUGGAUACCUUCAUCGUACCUGGGAAAGCGAAGAUGGCAAACAGUCUCGUCUGCUGAUCAUAGUACCGAAGUCCAUGAUCCCGAAAGUAUUGAAAGAAUAUCACAAUGGACCUAGUGGAGGGCACCUUGGAAUUACAAAAACUAUAGAGAAGAUUAAACAACGGUUCUACUGGAUCGGUUGUCGAGAUUCCAUAGCAGAAUGGAUAAGUAAUUGCGUAGAGUGCAUGGCAGCUAAAGGUCCUAAAGCCAAAAGUCGCGGUAGGCUACAACAGUACAACGUGGGAUCACCAUUUGAACGAGUCGCAAUGGAUAUUGCAGGUCCGUUCCCAACCAGUACGGCCGGAAACAAAUAUCUACUGGUUGUCAUGGAUUAUUUCAGUAAAUGGCCAGAAGUAUAUGCCUUACCAAACCAAGAAGCGAAGACAGUAGCCGAAGCGUUUGUAGAAAAUUGGAUAACAAGGUUCGGAGUGCCCGUCGAAUUACACUCAGAUCAAGGCAGGAAUUUCGAAUCUUCCAUUUUCCAAGAAGUCUGUACAUUAUUGGGCAUCCACAAGACACGGACAACAGCGUUACACCCACAAUCAGAUGGGAUGGUAGAGAGAUUCAACCGAACGCUCGAAGAACAUCUGCGGAAAAUCGUUGAUAAAGAUCAACGGAAUUGGGACAAGUGCAUCCAGAUGUUCCUGCUGGCGUAUCGUUCAGCGAAGCACGAGACAACUGGUUACACGCCGGCAAAGAUUAUUUUCGGAUCUGAUCUGCGACUCCCUGCUGAUCUUAAGUUUGGAACGAAUCCUACAGCUGUAAGAAAUGAUGGAGAUUAUUGUUCUGCCUUAAAGGAAGAAAUGAAUGAAUUGCAUCUAAUGGUAAGACAGCAUACGCAUCUGAUGAGCAAUAAGAUGAAGGACCGGUUCGAUCAAGCGGCAAAUUCAAAAGGUUUUGAAGAAGGUGAUCUGGUCCUGUUGUACAAUCCACUUCGAAAGAAAGGCUUGUCCCCGAAACUGCAGACAGCCUGGGAAGGACCCUAUAUGGUGAUGAAACGACUUAAUGACGUGGUAUACCGCAUACAAAGAAAUGGAAAAGCACGAUGUAAAAUGAAAGUAGUACAUUUGGAGAGGAUCGCCCCAUUUGGUUCAAGAGGAUUUGUGCCUAAUCGAGACGAUUAGGCUUUAGUGGAGGGCAGUGUUACAAAAAGUAGUAUUAAGUUGUAUUUGUAUUACUAUAUGCAUCCCUGAUUAUGAACAAUAGCUGUAGGUAUAUGGAAUAGCAUUUGUCUUGUUGUAGACAUCUGGCGCCGCACUGUCUGCUUGUCUAGUUAAACAAUUGCUGAGUCUGGCGCCGCGACUGUCUGCUUGCGUCUGGCGCCGUAUAGCCGUAUGUUCUGGUAAUUUCCAGACGCGAUAUUCUAGAAGGACACGUCGGCAUCAGCGAGAAGUGCGUGGCUAUAUAAGCCGUGGCAGCGCCAACGUAAUCAAUCAGUGCUAAGAGUAAACUGCUAUAGUGUAGACGAGUUGUGAAAUAAAGAGUUGUUGAAUUAAAUUAAACAGUGUUGAUUUUAUUUGUCAAUCCAGAGAUACGAACCUAACAAAGUAAACUAGCAAGAGUAAAUUCGUAACAAUAUCAUAUCUGUAUUGAAUAAGUAAGAUUUUAAAUUCUUUUCUUCAAAGCAUAUCUGUAUUCACAUCUAUAAUUUCUCGAAAUCUUACCAAGCUCUUGAACUGGGUAAAAUUCUGACUUUUAAUUUCACCACGUCAAAAGUCAACAUUUCACUUACAUCUGUUAGAAUUUGCAUUUUUCGACUAUUUGGCAACUAGCCGAAGUAGCAAAUUUUCUUGGCUUAAAGGGUGUAAUUGAAUGAACAUGUUGGUUUCUAAAAGUGGGGUGAACUAUAAACAUAUUUGGUAAUUUUGCAGCAAAUUGGAACAUAGAAAUUUAAAUAUUGGCAACACUGAUAUGUGCAGGAAAUCGAUAGAUUAGUUUUGAACAUUACUAAAUUAUACCGAUGCUAAAUUUUUGCUGCUGUCGAGAACGGAAGCUUUAUUUUGGAAAAAUUGUGGCAUUGUUGAAGAUAUAAUCCGUUCUUCGGGAGGAAGCUGGGAAAGGAGUAUAUAUAGGUGUACUAAAUAAAAAUUUAUCGUCCUUGUAAAGUGGUGUAUAGCUUGAUUUAAAAAUGUCUGAAUUGCAAUCCUCUUUGCUAUUAAAAAAACAAUUAGCAGGUGACGAUAUGUACUUUAAUGGUCUCUGACGUUCCCAUUUGGGUGUUUCAAACAUCGUGGAGAAAUUAAUAUACCCUCUUUAAGUUAUAAAAAUUAAAUUAUACAGCGAAUACAAAACCCAUAAUCGUGUGUUAGACCGAACAGGGUUACUUUUGGCUGGGAUUUAGAAUAGCAUGCCCCGAUCUCGGGAUUAAAAUAGAGAAAGUUCUCCAUAUUAAGAAAAAAUAUAUUUUUUUUAUUACAGCUGACUUAAGGUGUUGAGAUAUCUGCUUUUAAAAUUCAAAACUCAACUAUUUAAAGUGCGUGUUUCUAUGAUUUAUUUUGAAUUUACCAAAUAUUUUUAUGUAUAUGCGCUAACACUUCGUUAAUUCGUUUUUACACAUCCAUUUCAUAUUAUAAUAUUUUAUUCAAUAUAUACAUUUUUGUUCAAUGCUUUUUAUUUAUUUAAAAAAAUAUGUACUGUCAUGGACAGAGUAAUAGCGCACUUUGAGAAUGUAAUAAAGCGACGUAUAUUUUUCAUAUAAACUGAAAACAAAUAAUAUUAUUUUAUUAGCAUCGCAUAAAGUCAGAAAUAAAUGAGUUAUUUACAAAAAUUAAAAAGCUUUAUCAAUUUCCAGUUUCCCAUUGCGUGUUAAGGCCUAGACACAGAAAUGGCACGGUAGUCCGGUUCUGUGGAAAUUAAAUAAAUUUAUUAGAAAACUAAUAAGUAUUAUAGCGUUUAAGCAUUUACAACGUUAGUAUUUUGUUGUGUGCCCGCAAUUUUUCAAAAUUACUUGGCAUCGUCGGGGCAGCUCUCCAUUAAUAUAUGACAUCUCUUCCAUGCCUCCUUGAUUCCAGUCCAAAAUUGUAUCUUAACGUCGUUCUAUAAAUUUUUAAUCGGGUUUGCAUAGGGAUUUUGGCUGUCCAGCUGAGGACUUCAAUACGAGUACUUUCUGCAUUGACGCAAUUCUUCACACUUUUAGUUGCUCGCACAUCACUGGCAUCGAUUUGAACACGAAAGGUUCCAUGGUAUUUUUGAGAAUGUUUAGGUCAGCAAAUAGGUUCAUUCUGUCAUCUAUCAUUACCAAAGUUCAAACACCGUACCAGGAAAACUCUCCCCAGACCAUUACGCUACGUCCGUCGUGGUUAACAGUUCUUUUAGUGUAUCUGGAGUUAUACGCCUAACACCUGGGACGAUGGACAAAUGGUUUUCCAUCCGAUUCGAUACGGUUCCAAUUAGUUUCAUCGCUCCACAGGAUCCUUUUCCAAAACUUGACGUCCUUUUCUAAAUGUUCUUUAGCAUAGUCCAGCCGUGCUGUUAUGUUCUUUUGGACGGGAUUUUUUUUUCGACCAAUUCGUCCAAACAACUGACUAUCAUUUAGACGUCUUCGCACAAUUCUACUGGAUACGUUAAGCUCUAAUUCGUUGUUUAUUUCCGAUAUGAUUAAAAAGGAUCAGCCUUACUUUUUCUGUUGAUUACUCUCUGCAAGUUCCUUUGCUUUAUGCCCAGGAGCUUUGCGGAUUAUUUUUAUUUCUGAGCAAAUUUAGAUCACUUUUUUGCUAAUUAAUAAUGAAUAUUUUUUCAAAUAACUAAAAGCGUGCUAUUACAUUGCUCAAUCAAAUUUCGUUACUGUGCGAAAUAAAAAAGGAAACAUGAUAACGGCAUACGCUGACCGUUAUAAUUUGUGGAAUACACGAACGUGUAAAAUUGUUAGGCUUCACUUUCUUUAUAAAUCUGAAAACUUAAUUGAAUAUCUUAUUUUUUUUUCUUUGUCUAUGACUGUAGUUUAAAUAGUUAAAACUUUAAAUGCAAAUAUAUCGAAAACUAUAAGUUUCUCGCGGUUCUAUAUACAUAUAUUCUUAAUCUGGAGAAUAUUCUAAAGUUUUCCAUUAACGCGGUACUAAAGAAAUAGUAACUUUUUUUUUUUUUUUUAUUAAAUAUGGUUUAAUACUUCAAUUCGAGUUUAAAAAUCAAUAAGCUCAACAGACCAAUGCAGGGACGCCUGAAAGAAAAAAAAGAAAAAUGAGUUGAUUGAAAUUGCUUAUGUAAAUAGACAGUGUGAGAUAUAGGCAAAUAAAAACAAAAUUUAUCUUGAUAUUGCUGAUAAAUUAUCUGUAGCUUUUAUUGUUUUGUUGCCUUGAUAUGUACUUCAAACUGCAUUCUACAUACAUUUGCUGCUGCAACAGCACCAAACAUUUCACUGAAGGAGUAUUAUAUGCCUCCUGUUGUGUACAUUGGACUGUCUAUGAUACAAAUGUAAAACUAAAAACAAAAAUUAAAAUGAAUAUAAUACAAGAACAAGAAUAACUAAACAAACCAAAAACAAUCUCUUGCAUUUUCCGAGUAUAAUUAAUUAAGGAUAAAUGAUAAAAACAAAAUUAAAUUUAUAUUAAGAACUAAGUUUUAAUAUAUUCCAUGGUCAUUUAUAAUAUAAGCAGUAAGAAUUCUUUAAUUUACUUACUUAUAUUAAGGUUCCUUCCAGAGUGAACACCAAUUUAAACCUAAAUUCACUAAAUUUACAUGUAGUAAGUUAAUUUUGGUACAUUCUGGAAAUGUUUUAACUUGGCAUUCAUUAGAAGGUUAUUGGUAAUAAGUUAUCCCUAUCUUUCAUAGUUUUGUUAUAAUAUUGGUAUCGUCUUAGCACUUAGAGGUGGGAGGGUUAUAGUUCACCCCGAUUGCGUAGAUCCGACUGUUUAACGCCUAUGAUAUGAAUGUAAAAUUACAAAAGAAAAUAAAAAUCAGUAUAUGACAAAAAUAUAUUAUAUAAAUCAUAAUAACUGCACAAUAAAUUAUUAAUUAAUAAGGGUUUAUACAUUUAAAUUUGUAAGUUAUUGAUACUUAUUAUUAAAAAUUUUUCCCUAAAAAUACCCCCUAUUCUGGUUUAGAAAUUCGAAAACAUCGAUUGUUUUUUGCAUAUUUUUAUAGUAUAACCCUUCAAGAAAAUGUCCCUAAGAGGAUUUUUCGGAAUCCAAAUUAAUUCCAGCUAAUUUUGAGACGCGCUGACAAAACAGUUUCGCAGCCUUUCGCAAACUUUAUACUCGUUUUUCUCAUAACUAAUUUUCUAGAAACAGUGUGCAUGAUAUCUCAAGUUCUACUCAACCGAUUCACAUGAAAUUUUACACAGAUCUUUCUGAUACAUUAUAGUAUCGCACUACAAAGAGCUUUCCAAGGUUUUUUAUUUAAAAAAAAUUCCAAACCACAAAAAACGGAAAAUACGAAACUUUUUUUCAAACCUCCACCGUUUUGUAAUUUUUUUUUUUCAAAAACGUUUCGUAGUGCGAUAACUUCACUUUUACUCUUCAAGGAUUUCGCAUAAAUUUUAAUUUUAGGUCACGGAAAGGAUUUAUAUCCUACACACCAGAACAAGCCAUUGUUUCAUCAGUCUCUACUUCGCGGACCUACAAUUUUUUAAAUUAAAUUUUUUUUUUCUAUAUUUAUGUUUUGUAUUCCUAGAAUAUCAAUAAAAAGCAUGUAAAAAAAUUGAUAGUCAAAAUAAUUUUUGAUUUGAUUGAUAGCGACUCCAAUCUAAACGCGUUUUCUCAAUAUCGUGCUUAUCAAAACGGUUUCCACUCUCAAAGGAAGAGUUUUGAAGAUGUUUAGUUCCAAUUUUUCGCUAUCGCGCUAUGGAAGGUUUUAUUUUUUUUAACGUUCCAAAUUCGAUCUUUUUUGUUCAAACCGCCGUCAUCUUGUCAAAUUUCAAAAAAAUAAAAAAAAAAGGUUCCAUACCGCGAUAGCGGCUUUCCUACAGAUUAAUAAUAUUUUUGAAACUUUUGUCGGACCUUUUUUACGUGUCAUCUUAACAAUUUAUUUAAUUAUUAUACACCCAAUAAUUAAGCAUAAAAAAAUCAUUUUGUAUUCGUCAUGAAAAUAUUUAUUUAUAAAAAAAUCCCAUUGAUUAGUUAAUUCCAAUAUUAAAAAAAUCGCGGAAAUCAGUGAUUUUUCGUAAGGUCACACUGAGACAAAAAAUAAUAGUUAUUAUAUUUUAUAAUUAAAACUAAAAAAUGUUCCUUUCCUUCAUGGUCAGAAACACAUAUACUAUAUAUGCAUAAGUAUUAGGGUGUGUCAUUCUGAGGCAACCUUUUUUUUUCAACUGAAAAACAGGCUCAAAACUUUCGAAAAUGUGUAAAUAAAAGUCACUCAAAAGAUGAGCCCUUAAUAUUAAUAUUAAGAGGUGCCUAUUUCAAAUUUUCUGUUUUCCAUAUUAUUCCGAAACAUCGAUUAUUUAACGAGAAAACUCGAUUCUCGAGUAGAAUCGGAAUCGAGUUUACCAUCCCUACUGGCAGCCAUCGCGUGCACAUAUAAAACCUCCGCACAAUAACCACCACAAAAAAAAAUUAUUUUUUUCCAUGUUAUUUAUAUGGAAAACAGAAAAUUUGAAAUAGGCACCUCUUAAUAUUAAUAUUAAGAGCUCAUCUUUUGAGUGACUUUUUUUUUACACAUUUUCGAAUGUUUUGAGCCUGUUUUUCAGUUGAAAAAAAAGGUUGCCUCAGAGUGACACACCCUAAUAUGUAUGAUGUAGUAAUAUAAAUUUUUUUAUUUUUUGAGCACUAUACAAACAAGUCAAAAAAUUUUUAAUUUUAAACUUUUUGUUUUGCCUUUGCGAUUUCAAAGUAAUAUGAAAUAACUCUUAUUUUGUAAGGGAAAAAUCAAAAUCUAAUGACUAUUUGGUGAGAAAAAAUAUAAAUUUAAGAAUAACUAUUAAACUUGGUUUUCCCGCUCAUUUCCGCAAUACCGUUACAGUCCCUGCUUAAAUCUUAAAUUCAAAGCUGGGCAUAAAAACUGUUCAGUAGGAAAGUUUGAACUAUGAGCCAAAAUAUCCAUCCAAGAAAAAAAGUGAAAAGGAACGUUUGUUUGCAUUUGUAAUAAGCGAUAAAAUAAAUGGGUCAGCUUUAGAAUACCGUCCCAGAUUUCAAAAUAAAAUGAAUAUGUUCGGAUAGAGGAGGUUCUCCAGAUCAAGAAUAUACAUAUAAAGUUAUAGCCGUGCAAAAGAGGUAAUGACGGGCAAUGGAAAUAUUUUUUGCGAGAUACAAUUGCAAUAAACUCGAAAACGUUACGGGUUUGGUAGUAGAAUACGUUUGGUGUAAAAAUGUUGCCACAUACACGACGAUCCGUUUGUAAAACUAUUAGAGACAAUAAAAUUUAGGAAUAAGCCAUUAAGCACUUUUGUUAAUGUUUUGUUUUGUUUUAAAUUCGAAUAAUUUCUUUAUAUUUAUCUAGGCUUUUUAUCCUGUUUUGGGUAUAAUCUAUUUUCUUUAGCUCUUUUAGUUCAUUUAGAAAAGAUGUCGAUAAGGUAACACAGAUUAUUUGACAGUUUACAACCCUUUAGUUGUUAAAUAAAUAUAGUUGAACAAUAUAUUUUUUUUUUAAUAUAUAUUUAUUUGCAAUCUAUCAAUUGACAAUCAGCAAAUUUUUUAAAUACAUUAAUAGUGACAGGAUUGAUUGUUCUCCAUUGAGACUAAUCAAUAUAUUCUUAAAUUAUUUUAUUUGCUUAAAGUUCUUAAAACUACUUAAAAUCUAUCUGGAAGAUCCAAAAUGUGAGUUCGUUUUAAGCGUCUAACAUCUAUACUGUUGUCUAGUAAAUUUAUUGCCAGUAAAUUUUCAUGACGUUCGUUGUUCGUGGUUGUGUACGGUUGAUUUUUUCAUAUCGAGCGCACAUAUGUAUACGUACUCGCUGCAUAACUUCUCGUUACUUGGUGUACGCGCAAUUUAACCUAGCUUUGACAUUUUGAGCUUCAAUUCGUUACACUUUCCACGUGUUUUUUAUACUUUUCAUUAUAAAGUUUAAUCCACAAUUUAAUCGGUUAAGAACGUAAAUUCUUACGCAAUGCCCCCUGGGGCCAACAGGCUGGGGGAUAAUAGGUUUGCACUAUUAUCCCCGGGUCCAAAAAACAAGAGGAAAAAGCCAGAAAAUUCAACGCUGGAAUUCUUCCCGGAAUUACUUAUUUCUAAGAAGGAUGAUCCCAAGUACCUCGUAAUCAAAUCACAGGACACCAGAAAACCUAUUGCAUCCACUUCUUGCUUUGCAGUACAUAAAGGUAUUCAGGCCAUAAGCAAAGACAUUAACAAAAUCACAUUGCUUCGUGACGGCAGCCUACUUCUUUU